AUGACGCGCGCCCAGCAAACCCUCUCGAUUCUCCUGCUUGUGUCUUCUCUCUACCUCGUCCUAUACCUGGGGCUCGUACCCCUGAACGAAACUGUCCAAAAUGAAAUUAUCCCGGUUCUUCCCUUCUACGGCCUAAUAUGUUUCGCCUGCUACCUGGGUGGUCGGCUCGGUCUGGCCAUCCUGACGUUCAACGACUGUCCCGAGGCACACAAGGAGUUGCAGAAGGAGAUUGAGCAGGCGAGGGCCGACCUGCGCAGCAAGAACGUCGACGUUGACUAA